UCGGAGAGGGAGCCAGUAGUGUUCGUGGCGGGAACCAUGAGUGACGAGGUUGGGAUAAACGAAUUACUUCAGGCUCACCGUGGCCUGAACGACAUAAUCAGUGCCACGUACCCCGCCGACGCUGACGAGGGCCCAAUCAACGUCUUCGCCUCCCUCACCCACUCCUGUAAUUCUUCUUCUGAGGUACCAGUAAUCAAUAGUUUCUUGGAAGACAUUACUGCAUUAACUGGGUCGCGUCAAGAACUUGCUGACGUGGUUGAGAAAAUCAGCGUUGCCACGCUAAAUGAGAACUCGUCUGCACUUACAGAUCCAGAAUUAUUAGGUAGGCGCUUGGCUUGGUUCCAGCAAGCUGAACAACACAUUCGCUCCAUCAUAGAAAAUAAAGACUUGAUUACCUACCGCUUACAACAGCCUCUGGUGUUCAACUUUCUUACUAUGCAUUACCAUUACCACAAAGACCUUAUCAGUCUGAUUGGACAGCUUGUUGACCUGUUGAAUAAUGUUCCUUCACACAUCCGUCUUCUUGAAGAUCGUGCACAACAUUCUAUUCUCGAGCGAUCGGACAGCUGCAUUAGUAGUCUGACACAUGGUGUAACAGCCCUCCGGAAUACGCUUGAUGACGUAGUAAAGCUGCAGUCUCUAGUUAAAGGAAUUCUUGAUGCUCAAGAGUGACUAACUACAGAAGAAUACUCUUACAGCUAUACAUUAGUUAUAGUGUGCAUCAUACAGGUAUUGUUAAAAUGGUAUUCUCAAGUGAAAUCAUUGGGAUCUGUGCUUAAUAAGGAAAUGCCGAAGAUACGAGUAAAGUGAAAUGAGGAAGAAGUUAUGAUGUCUGUGCAAAACCUUAAUGGUCACAUAUACAUGAAGUGUUAGAAACUUGUAUGAAGGCUGCCUGCCUAAUGGCUACCUUGAGGUUACCUUCGGGGCUUAGCGACCUCGUGGCCCGGUCGUCGACCAGGUCUCCUGGUUGCUGGACUGGUCAACCAGGCUGUUGGACGCAGCUGCUCACAGCCUGGUUGAUCAGGUGACUCUUCGAUGAAUGUGACUACAUAAGCUUCCAGAAUACAAAUAAUUCAGGAAUAAAAACAGGCCUUAAAUUAGUAACCUGCACCAUGUUGUUCAGGUGGACUUAAAAGGGUAAAGAUUGGACUUCACUUCAUAAAGUCAAUCUGAGCUAUUGUGCUUGGAUGCAUUCUUGCAUCCUAGGUUCUUGAAAAUACAGGCAUUAUUAUUACACCCGUUUCCCUAGUUACAUAAGGGUGGGUGGGCCUGGAUAUAUGGGUUACAAAUUGUUUUGGCAUAGGCUGUUAAUGAAAUACAUUAUUGUGAGCAGUUUGAGGUUAACUGUUUAAGAUAGUUUUAUUUGGCAAGUGACCAGUGCAGAGUGUAACAGAAUUUAGAUCAUGCACAAAUGUUCUCUAUUGAAGUUUCAAUGCUCUUGCAUUAUUGUAUUGCUUAUUUUACUUCACUUUUUACCUUGUGUGUUUCUAUUCUCUCAGAAAGAAUGAAACAUGAUUAAAAUGUAUACUGGUUUUAGAGGUUGGUAAUCAAAAUAAUUCUGCUUUGAUUGUACACAAUUUUUAUGAAGCUGAAAAAAUACACCGUAUGUCUAUUUUAGAUGCCUUACCAGUUAUCUUAAAUCUAUUUAUCUUAUUAUGAUUUUGGUCUGUCUGAAGACAUCAUAUAUAUACAUCAUAUAUAUACACAUCAUAUAUAUAUGUGUGUGUGUUUUAAAGUACCGCAUAAGAUUUAAAGGUCCUAUAGCAACACACGUUCACAUCAGCUUCCUGAGCUCAGUGUCCCAUGAAAUGCCCUCAAAAUCUCCCGCCAAAGGUAAAUGACUGGAGGGGAAUGAGAUGCUAAUUCAAAUUUUCUCCAGGGUGUAAUUAGAGGUGCAACAUACAAACACACUCCUCCGUCAAACAAAGCUAAGCUUAAAGAAAUGGGACCAGUCAAGUAAUUAUGACCAAAGUCAGGUAAACACACAAGUAAAUCAAAUAAAUGGCUAACUAACACUCCACCAGUAAUUACAAAUGACAACACCUAAACUAAACACUGUUUCCUAAUAAACCAUACUUAUCUUAAACUAAAUGAGCUGCUGCACUCAAGGGAGGGAGAGAACCAUCACCACAGGGCUCCAGUGAUCAACUGGCAAAGCCAGUGCUCUCGUUCACAGGUGGACUGCUAUAGUACCAACACUUUGGACCGUAGGCCAAGUGACUCCUCUAAACAUAUCCCUCAACUCACAGCCAUUUUACCUAGAUACUACUAAGUAAUACAAUGCUGGUAAUUUACUGGCUCAAUUAAUUAUGGAAUCUGCUCUAAAUUACAUAGUAUAUAAAUAAUGUCUACACAAUGACUAGGAUGGUAUUCCUGAGCAAGUCUGCAUACAUUCCAUUGUUGGUUAUAAAGUCUAACACUUUCUAGCAGGUGACUAGCACACCGCACGGUAGGCCAAGUGUUGCUCUUGAGCUCACCACCACACUCCAAUGUUUAUACUCUUUUUCAGCUUUUUCUCCUCAAUUUUCGUGCUACGUCGUUAAGUUUGGUAUCAAAUGUUCGCAGUAGAAUAGUGUAAAGGGAUAUUUGCAUACAAGGACAUACAAGUCUCACUCUUUUAUACUUUUCACAAACCACUUGAUAACUUUUCCAUCAUACGUGUUUCUUUCAAUGCUUUUGUCAUGGAUUGGCUCUGUGCUUGAACAAUAUCCAUCUUGAAGUCAAUUGGAAGGGUUUAUAAAGCCGGUAACAACAAAUACCAAAGAUACAAUAACCAGAAUGGGGAACUUUUCAACUCGAGGGGGAGGCCGCAGCGGUCACGAACGAGGUCACGAGAACAAUAAGCCUCCUGUAUGGGUGGACACCCACACGGCGGGGUCGGGAGGCCAUAUGGGGUAUGCAGACAAAUGAAAACGUCGUCGGCGAGUCCCAUAUUAUUCAGGCAAUAAAUGGAAUUUUUACAAAUUUAUUGUAAUUUAUUAUAACCAGCUGAAAAACUGCACGAUCCUUCUGUCCCUUUACAUAAAAUAAGACCCCAUCCUUCAUUUC